AUGGUAGUGGCCGAAAAGCCGAUACCGAAGAAAGAGAUCGAAGUUCCGGCGUCCGAACCGGAAGCGAUCGAAGAGCCUGCGGUAGAAGUCAAGGAGGAACCGGUUCCUGAGGCGAAGAUCGUGGACGACGCUAUGACGCCGGAUGUUAUGGAAAUGGUCGAAGAGCAAGAACCACAGAUACAAGAGGAGAUUAUACCAGAGCCCAAAGAAACGGAAGUGAAGGUAGCGUUUCCGGAAGUUAAAUUCCCAACGCUGGAAAUUAAGGUUAUACAGCUCGACGAGCACAAGGAUUCCCAGGUCAAAGAGGAAGUCAAGGAACCGGAACCGGAGCCGGAAGUUGAACCGGUGGCGGCUGAAACGAGAACAGAGAAUAUGGAAGAAGAUGAACAGGAGAUGUCUAAAGUUGAGGAGAAGAUCGCAAAUGAACCAGAACCAAUUCAAGAACCGCCGGCUACAGUAGCCGAGGAAGCAGUAGAACCGCCACCAGCAGAACCUCAGCCUGAAGAAGAAGUUGUCCCAGACCCGCAGGACAUACCGCUGCCACCGGAAGUUCAGUCUAAGGAGGACGAAAAAGAAGCUCCAGAAGUAAUUCAACCACUGGAACCACAGCCAGAAGAACCAGCGAAAGUCCCCGAAGAAGUUGUAGAAGAAAAAGAUAAAAAAGAAGAAGAACCCGUCAUGGAAGAGGCCGAGAAGAAACAAGAGGUUCCAGAAGAGAAUGCUGACGAGAAAUUGAUAGAAGAUCAAGAAGGAAGAAGAUGCUGA